AUGAGGAAACAUCAGGAGCACCGCCAAGGAGCAGACCAAGGUUCGAAGAUCUGGAAGCGGAUCGACAGCGGCUCCGUGGCCAGCGCCCAUGGGAUCGGAUCCAUCGAGCCGGGUACGUUUUGGCAGCAGCCGGACAACAACGAGUGCAAAGUAGAGAUUUGCCACCUCGUUCGGGGCACCGAUGCGAAUAUCAUGGACGCGGAGAAGAGUGACUACAUCGCUAUGGACGAGGUUCGGCACGAUCGUCGUCUUGACAGGGACACAUGGAGGCCAGUUACUGGUUUCGACAACGACAAGCACGAGGCGCUCAGUAUCGAGGACUCGCGGGCGUGCCUCAGCCAUCGCGUCAACUUCUGCAUGAUGAAGCCGACGUCUGAGACGGUGGAGUUCAAGCACAGCGCCAUCAGCGAGGACAAGUGGCCGCAGCUGAUCGCAGCGAUUGUCCACGACUGGAACGCAGUCGCUGGAAUCAAGGGCAUCACGGCCAAGGCAAGGCGGGCCGCUCACGGUUUCAAUUACCCCGACAUCAUGGAGGCCGAGAGGAGAUGCCCUACUCCUCAACUGGCCACCAUCCACAUUGCCACGCAGGCCAUGGCCGACCGAGGAUUCGAGGCAAAUGCCGACGACGUCGCCGCGGCCCCCACGCAGGGCGAUCCGAUCAGGAGGACCGCGUCUUUGCACGCAGAGCCACCAGCUGGUGGCCACCUCGAAGCUCUCGGCGCCACGGCUGGAAGUCUCCGAUUGGAUCGAGAAGGUUAUCAUUUGAUCAGCGGCAGGGCAGCGCGGAGGAGCGCAAUGUUUUAUCAACCUACUAAGAUGAACUACCGCAUCAGCAUCUACGACCCGCGCUUCUCCUGCCUGUUCCACGACGCCCAGCGCCAGGACAAAGGGGAACUCAUCGCGCAGGGCAUCGCGAUCUUGGAGAUGGACAACGCACUGCCCGAUGGCACAAGGAAGCGCGCGGAGAGGGGCGACGGUUCCCGCGUCGGCACGGAGCGUUACAUGCGCGAGAAGUUGAACCGCAUCGAGCUCAAGCACGGCUUGCUCUGA